AUGUCCUGGGAAAAGUCUGCAUGUCUUAGCCGCAUGCCGGAUGAGGUGCGGCUGCUGCAGCAGGCCGAAACUAUCACUGACUACCCAACGCAGCUGCUGCGCACAGUUGAGGAGGAACUAGAGGAAUAUCACCGCCAGCUGCAAGCAUGCAACGACUUUCUGAACAGCGUUGGCCCGGAUACUCCUCCUGAAGAGAUCGAAGCUCAUGAGAACCGACGGCAACUAAUGGAGUUGGAUGUGCUGCAUGCGCUACGGGUACUCAAGGCGUUUCAGCGAACUCGGCAGCACUUGUUAGACCGGAUGUGUGUAAAGGCUUUGGGGCAAUUCGAGGCUUUUGAUGAACAGACUCUUCUCAAGCUAUCUGACAACGAAAUACAGUACCUAAGGGAAGCAUGCGCUGCUGAACACAGCAGGAGAGACGAAGGCAACGCCAGAAAUGUAGAAGACAGAAAUGGAAAACCAUCAGCUAUUGCAGAUGUAGUGUUUGAGAAAGACUGCGUUCUAGAGGACCCCUGGAGCUUCACCGCGGCGUCUGGCCCGAACGAAGUUGAGCCCAGCUCUGCUGCGUCUCCCGCUUUGGCCCAUUAUGUAUGCGGCACAGUUUCUCGGAUGCCUCUUUACAGAGCUGUGCAGCUUAGAGCCAAAGGCAUCGUAAGAGUCCUGCAGGUCUUCGACCACCAGUGGAUUCCGCAGGACUCCGCGGCAUUAAAAGGGUUUGUUUAG